AUGAAGAUCGAAGGGCCAAAAAGCGACGAGGAUGAGGAUGAAGAUGAGGAUGGGGAAGGUGGUGUGCGCCUGGAGGAAGUGACCGAAGGCGCUGUGAUGGAGAGUCGAUGUUCAAAGAAGGCUGAACGGGACUCAGCACCUCCUAAGGGAAAGAAGAAGAAGACGAGACUUCCUGUUGUGAACCAUGUCACGGAGCCUGUUGAUGAGAUUGCAUCUCGGGUGAUGCAGGCCGAUCUGGACUUUCGGCAUCCCCAAGCCACGCUCAUGUUGUGGGCGUGGUGCGUCUUGAACGUGGCAGGGUUUGUGGAAUCUCAUCCGCAAUUCCGCGAGGGGAUUUCUGAAGGAGUGACCAAACUCCUCGUCAACGGAGACGGUACCACUGAGAGCACUGCGGAUGACAUCAGCGGACCUCGCCUGCAAGACGAAGGGGUCGAGAGCGCAGAGGCACGCAAAAGACGAAAGAAGAAGGAGAAGUGGUACAACCAAAUGCGAGAGUCUACAAACGAGAUCGCCGACCGCUUUCCAUACCAACAGCUGAACUACGCCGUAAUACACAAUGUCACAGCAUGGUGUAUCCUGAACGUCGACGGCUUCGCAGAAUCAGGAAUGAUACCACGGCAUCAGAUCCCCUCGAAGAUUCAGGAGGUUCUAGAGGAGAUGCAUGGGCCGUACGAGGACGGCCCAGAUUUGAGUAGAUAG